CUUUAUUUUUUCAAUUGCAGGUUGAUGACCAAAUGAAGCUGCUUCAGAACUGCUGGAGUGAGCUCUUGAUCCUGGAUCACAUUUACCGGCAAGUAGCACACGGGAAGGAAGGGACAAUCUUCCUGGUUACCGGAGAACACGUGGACUACUCCAGCAUCAUCUCAAACACAGAAGUCGCAUUCAACAACCUCCUGAGUCUCGCCCAGGAGCUGGUGGUGAGACUCCGUUCCCUUCAGUUUGAUCAGCGGGAGUUUGUGUGUCUGAAGUUCCUGGUGCUGUUCAGCUCAGGUAGGUGACGUUAUUUUUCUCACAGUCCGUUCCGCAAACAUUGUUUUCAAAAAACCUAACACAGAGUGAAUGUCUGGGUGUUAACAAAGGUCGCGUAUUUCCUCCCAAGGAGUGAGAUC